AUGUCAACCGACAAUGCCUCCAAGAAGCGCAAGCACUCCUCCAGCCAGCCAGCUCCAUCCAAGAAACCUCGCACCCAGGCAAAUCCCACCCUGAUUGGCCCGCACGAAGCCAUCCUCAAGGAACUCUCCGCCAAGCACAACGUCCUCGCCCUGUCGGUCCUCUCAUCCACGCAGAUCCGCAAGCGCGUUUCCAGCGCAUCAUCCCAUCUUCUCGACAAAUCCGCAGAGUCGCGAGCGAUCCUGCUCCACGCGCGACCUGCAGACGUCUGCAAAAUGAUCACGGUGGCGGAGCAAUGCAAAAGAUUACUGGGGGACAAGGGCCAGGCCUGGUAUCAGUACAACGAGCUCUUCGAUCUGCCUCCCGAGGCUAAGAAGAAGAAGAGAAACUCGCGUGAGAGGGGAGAUGUGGAGGAGGAGGCUGAGGAGGAUUCCGACAGUGACGAGGGUGCGUUCGAGACCAUGGAGAGUCGAUUCGAGCGAGCCGUAUUGCCGCCUCCGCGAGCUCAAACAUACAAGUCUUUGAGGAUAUUCAUUUCACAUCAAGCAAUCCCGGAACUUGAUUCGAGGGAAAACGUAACGGUACAGACGAGCGAAGAUACUCCACUAUAG